UGUGCAGCCGUACGAAGCGGGCACUUAUCUCAACAAAAUCCAGUGCUUCUGCUUCGAGGAGCAGCGGCUGAACCCCCACGAGGUGGUCGACCUCCCGGUGUUCUUCUACAUCGAUCCCGAGUACGCGGACGACCCCCGCCUCGAGAACGUCGACGAUAUCGUACUCUCCUAUACCUUCUUCGAGGCCAAGAAAGGGCUUACAUUACCGUCGUUUAUGUCGUCCCCCGCGGCGCCUACACCCUCGGCACCGACACCACCAUUGCUACCGACCCCUCCCAGUCCCACACAAGCGGUGCAGAAUUCACUAUCUCAACGUCUAUUAGACGUGUACCGGUGCUGGUGUGGUGGAGGUGUAUCUCUGAUAACUGUGCUCUCUCACUGUCAUAUUAGGGUGUAUUUCCCUUACAAAACUGUCCGAAAAGGGUAUAUACUAUUUAACAGUUUUGUCGACCACACGACUGUCCAACGGUUAC